UUCAGCAGCUGACGGUUUCUCAUUCUCAUACAUUGAAUACCACACACUAGAUUUGACCAUUUAAUUAUAUAAAUAAUUUCAACAUGACCAUCCUUAUCCUGUAAAAUUUGUGCCUUCGAUUUCGGUUGAAAAUGAGUCUCACAUUGGUGCUGAAGUAUGCUCAGUUUACAAGGCCUAUUUCUGCCAGCUAUGGAUGUGGUCGAGCUUGGCUAUGCACUUCACAUAAAUUGCAUGGAAAUUCAGUGGCCGGAAGCUUGUACCAUGAGACGUAUCAGAGAUCAAUUGAGAAACCGGCAGAAUUUUGGGGACAAGUUGCAGAGAAAAUUGUGUGGACCAAGCAGUUUGACAAGGUCUUGGACACGUCUGAAUCUCCCAUGAUAGGCUGGUUUCCUGGUGGCGAGUUGAACGUUUGCUAUAAUGCGAUUGAUCGUCACGUUGAUGAAGGCCGUGGGGGGCAAACCGCACUAAUUUACGAUAGCCCAAUGACAAAAACUGUCAAGAAAUACACCUACGCACAACUCCAGGACAAAGUAUCCAAGUUGGCUCAGGUGUUGGUGUCAAUGGGAGUGUCGAAAGGAGACAGGGUGCUGAUUUACCUUCCUAUGGUUCCAGAAGCAGUUAUGGCCAUGCUAGCUGCAGCCAGAUUAGGAGCACCUCAUUCCGUCGUGUUUGGUGGUUUUGCUGCGAAGGAAUUGGCUACAAGAAUUUCUCAUGCGCACCCAAAAGUCGUUCUCUCUGCUAAUUGCGGUAUCGAACCGAGUCAUGUCGUACCCUAUAAACCAAUUUUAGACGAAGCGAUUGCCAUUUCCAAAGUCGAUAACUUGAAAUGUCUAAUUUACAAUCGAGAUAAUUACCCCAAAGCACACCUGAAACCUGGAGUAGAUUUUGACUGGAAUGAAGCCGUGGAGAAAGUGAGUCGGGGGCAUGACGCAGUUCCGGUGGAAUCGAGUCAUCCUCUUUACAUUUUGUACACUUCGGGAACUACAGGAACGCCAAAGGGGGUAGUUCGCGGAUCAGGGGGGCAUGCCGUAGUGCUGAAUUGGUCUCUUAAAAAUAUUUUUGGCAUGGAGGGCCCGAAUAAAGUGUGGUGGGCUGCAUCUGACCUCGGCUGGGUUGUGGGCCACUCCUACAUUUGCUAUGCUCCCCUUCUCGCUGGAAUUACAACCAUUUUAUACGAAGGGAAGCCUGUAGGGACGCCAAAUGCAGCGCAAUUUUACAGGGUAAUAGAUGAAUACAAGGUCAACGGGUUUUUCACGGCUCCUACGGCAUUUCGAGCCAUCAAACGGGUCGACCCGGAAAACACAGAGUCUAAACAAUACUCGAGAGCUUCACUCAAGAACAUUUUCGUAGCAGGUGAACAUUGUGAUAAUCAAACUAGAAUCUGGGCACAAACAUCAUUUAAAGUGCCUGUACUGGACAACUGGUGGCAGACCGAAACAGGACACCCCAUUGCAGCUACAUGUGUUGGCCUGGGAAAUGAUACCAAUCCCCCAGAACAUUCGUGUGGCAUUCCUCUUCCUGGAUACCAAUUGGAGGUACUUCGAGAAGAUGGUGAAAAAGCAAAAGCAGGGGAAUUAGGAAGAAUCGUCUGCAAGCUCCCAACCCCUCCAGGCUUCAUGGAAACGCUCUAUCUUAACGAUAAGCUAUACAAGGAAGCCUACUUUUCAAAAUAUCCUGGAUACUACGAUUCGAUGGAUGCUGGAGUGAUGGACGAGAAGGGAUACGUGUACGUGAUGGCGAGAGAUGACGACGUGAUCAACGUCGCAGGUCACAGGAUAUCUACGUCUGCUUUGGAAGAAGUGAUUUUGCAACACCCAUACGUAUCCGACGCUGCCGUUGUUGGCGUACCUGAUUCUCUCAAAGGUCAACUGCCCCUUGCUCUCUACGUCCUAAAACCCGAACAUGGACAAAUUUCUGAGGAACAGAUUGGAAAAGAACUAAUUCAACAAGUUCGGAACUCAAUUGGCCCUGUGGCUGCCUUCAAACUAGCAGUUUGCGUCCCGGCAUUGCCUAGGACAAGAUCUGGAAAGACGCCACGAAAAACCAUAUCCGACUUGGCUCAGGAUAAAUCUGUGAAAAUUCCACCAACAAUUGAGGAUGCUUCGGUGUAUGAGCAUAUCGUGGAAUCACUACAACGGAUAGGCUAUGCGAAAAAUUCUUCUUUUAAAUGACUAUGACAAUUAUAUUUGUUUUUAAUAAUAAGAAAUGAAGCUACAUCGGAUUUGUAGUCUCUCAAAAACUUAA